CGCGGUUCCCCUGAGCUCAGCGAGUUGCUGCGCCCGUCGCCUCCCCCUGGAGACGAGGCGCCUCCCAGUCCCGCUUAUUAGGCGCUACCUCCUCCAGCCGCUGCUGAAGCGACGCCAAGUCCGCUGCUCAUUUCCCCGAGGGAGAGAAAACUUUCUGCGUUGCAAUGGACCGCGCGGGGAGCGGCUGCUCGGCGGGGUCCCUGUUCCGACUGUGAAGAGAGGGAGCAGCAGCGGGGGGAUAAGCAGCGCCAGCGAGUCCUAGGUGAAGAAGCGAGUCCUAGGUGGGGAAGGAAAAAACAAAAAAACGCCAAGGCAGCCCCUCAGUUUUUGCAAUGGGUUGCGGACUAAACAAGUUAGAAAAACAUGGUGAAAAACGGCCGGGUAACAUCUAUUCAACUUUGAAGAGGCCCCAAGUAGAAACCAAAAUAGAUAUCUUCUAUGAAUAUCAUUUUCUGGAAUUUACAACUUUAAGUGAUGCUGAGCUACCAGGAUCAUCAGCAAUCAGGCUGUCUUCCUUGCGUGAUCUUCCAGCUCAGCUGCAAGAAUGGUACCAGCAGGGCUUCAUCUUGGCUGCUGUCCAUCCCUUUGUGCAUCCAACUAAUGAGAAUGAGAAGACUCCCCAGGCACAAAUCUUUAGGGCUGUGCUGAUCAAGAAAACAGAAAGAUCCUUGAAAAAUGAUGCUAUCUGUGAAGGGAAUACUUUAGAGAUAGAAAGUUGCUUCUCCUCAGAUCAUCUUCCAGAUAAAUCAAAGAUGCCAGAUCUUAUUAAGAAAAUUCAAGAUGCAGCAAGUCGGGGCUUGAAGUUUGUUGAAAUAGUCCCUCAGUAUGUUUCCCAAAUGAGCUCCAAGAGCAGCAGUGCUGUAAUAUCCACCAGCAACAGCUCCAGAGAACUAAAAGGUGACAAAAACCCAUCAGACUUUCAUGAGGAUUGUGCUUCACUGGAUCAUGACAAAGCAGACUGCACGAAUGGAUGCAAGAUCCCAGCACCAAGGGAAGAAAAUGUGGACCACUGUGAAGACCCCAAUGAAGACCCGGGAGGUGAAGGGCAGGUUACUGAACAUCUCAGCUUAAGCUCUGUUGGAGAAAAUGGAGGGCAACUUCAAGAAACUGAGAUCUUCGCUGUUUUCAACAAGCCAAAGACUUCGCACAGAUCCAGCCAGUACUACACUGUAACAAUUCCUGUGAGAAUCAUCAAUAAUGGGCAGAGCAUUUGCAGCUUAGAAGCCAGUUGGCUGGAGCAUAUGACAGACCACUUCCGGAAAGGGAGCACAUUGGUGAAUGCCAUCUUCAGUCUUGGAAUGGUAAAUGAUUCCUUCCAGGGUAUGACGGAUGGAAUAUUCAUCUUUGAAGAGCUUUCUGUGGAAGACAGCAAAAGUAUACAAGGCUAUGAUGCUAUUGUCGUAGAACAAUGGACAGUCCUGGAAGGAGCUCAAGUGCAGGCAGAUUACAUCCCCCUGUUGAACUCUCUCGCCAUAUAUGGCUGGCAGCUGACUUGUGUGCUUCCCACUCCAGUUGUAAAGACAAACAGGGAUGGAAAUUUAGCCACUAAGCAGAUUGUCUUUCUUCAGAGACCCUUCCUGUCCCAGAAAACCAAGAAGAAGCAAUCUAAGUUUCACUGGAGGUUCUCCAAAGAAGACAGGCAGCACAAGCAAGCCAAGAAAUCUCUGAAGGCAAAACUAAGUGCCAGAGAGCAGCAACAGCUGGAAGAAACCCAAGAGAUGGAACUCACAGAAAACGCAAGGAAUUCAGAAACACGGUUCUCCACAGUGGAAAGUGGUUUGCACUUCCCAGUAAUCUCAGAUCAACAGCUGGCUGGUGUUGAAGGCGGAAGAGCCGAAGUUCUUGGGCAAAGAGCCGUGCCUAUCUACAAAAAUGAAGUGUCUGCAGAAAAAUGGAAUGCAGGUCAUAUUGCUGAUCAAGACGUAGGAGGCUUGUGUUUGGAUCAGAAAGGCGUACACGGAAACUGUGAGAGCCAAAUGUUCCAAGAGCACUGCACUGCAGAAGAGAGUGAUGGAAACUAUGGGGCAGAACCAGUAGAAGCUGAUUUUGGGUCUGGGUGCGACUUUGACUGAGAGAGGCAAAUAUUUGCCAAAGUAACGAACUUGUUUUGAUUAUCAUGACUGCAAAAUAAACUUGAUUUGACACCGUUGGGUUUCUACAGGAACACAGUGGAAAUAUUAGUGAUACUGCAUUUUCAUCAUGGCAAUGACCCUGUUCAGAAGACAACUUAAACCAUGGUUUUAACCACAGUGAAUAAAGCAAAAAGCCUUAUUUACUGUGGUUUAAGGUAUCUUCUGAACACAGCCUGGCUUUCUGGCUAAACCACCAUGGUUAAAGCCAUGGUUCAAGGUGUCUUCUGAAUGGGCCCAUAGUUUGCAAACUUAUUCAGGCUUUUCUAUACCCAACUUCUCUAGGUAGGGCAAGGAAAGAAUCCUGCUUGAAACCCUGGAGAGCUGCUGCCCAUCAGUGUCAACAGUACUGGGCUAGAUGGACCAAUGGUUUGACUCCGUGAUCCGGUUCAUAUGACCGUGGCUUGUUAAACCUGUUGCACAUGCUGGUUGGGUGCUGGCUAGCUUUCCCUAAUUACCCUUGCUGGUGCAGCUUGCCAUGUAUCCAUACCUGAGCAGCAUGGUUUAUCUGAGGGGGCAGCAACCCUCAAACAACCUAUGAGCUGUUGUUGGGUUAGUCGAGGGCUGCUGGCCCACCCAUCCACUCACCCGAACAAGCCAUGCUGCCCAGGUUUGGACGACACAGCAAGUCGCGCCAGUGAGGGUAAUCAGAGAAAUCCAUCCCGUCAUUGUGGUUUAUUUCCCUCCCUGCAAUCUUGAGAAAUGGCCCAGUAUAAUGCAGCUUCCAGCAAAAUGCAAGUUCCUAUCUCCCUACAAUCUAUUGAGCUGCUUUUUAAACCAAACAAAAUCAGUGUCCUGUAUUUAACAUGUUCGUAUUUUUUAACAAAGUAUCUUUGGUGUGCGCCAUAUUUUUUAUUCAGUUUUGUCAAAUGGAAUUCAGGAUAUAAGAAGAAGCUUUAAAGAACUGGCUAUAAUUGUAUUUGUCUUAAACACAUCUACUCGUAUUGCCUUCAGAAUUACUAACCUCUGGCAAAAAAUUAAAGCAAUAAUGAAACCGUAUGCUUAUCUAAGAAACCAUUAGUGGCUGAAAGAGCAAUGAUGUUCUAUAUGCUUAGGAAUCUAAUUGAUAAAACAAGAUCACACAACAAAAUACAUAUUAAAAACAUAUUUUCGUAAAAGGUUAGGCACUUGUCACCUACUUGUAUUGCAAGCAGGUGACAAUGUUCCACAAGUAAAUAACCAGCAAAUGUUACAUUAGUAGUCCAUGGACUUAAACUAAAUUAAAGACUAAGGUCUUAAAUUACACAAACAGAUAAGCAAAAUAAAACAUUUUAUGAGCUGACACAGUACAUGAUGUAAAUUCACUGAUUUUCUCAUAUUUGUGGACAUACUAAUCUUUACAAUAAAACUUGCGUAAUUUGAA